GAGAGAAAAGACGAGUUAGGGAGAAAUAUAGCCCCAUCAGCCCCUUUGGCGAUUGAUCGCCCAUAUGGCGUGGUCAACCGAGCUGUCUAUAGUGCCUCAAAUGCCUUCAGUUGAGGUGCAGUUCUUGAAGCGCACUAGAGGGUGACUUUUUCUGGAUGCCUUCUGGCUUUGCUUCGGGGUCAUGGUUGCACAGCACGUCUUGAGUUCCUCAAAUUUUGGAGGUGUUGUAGAAAGAGAGAGAUCUGAAGCUUUGCAAGUGAGAGGAAAUAAUCUGGGAAAAAAUUCCAUCUAAUUGCACCCAAUUCAGUUUAAUUAUGAAAUGGAAGUCUGUUGCCCAUGUUGCAAUGCGUCUUUCAAGCUUGAAGCAUUGAAGCUUUGUGCAGAUUAGCACCAAUAUUGUUUCAGAUGAAAGGAAAAGCAUUCCAAUAUUGUUGGCCUGCACUUUGAAGCAUACGUAUAUUGGUGAUUUGAAGUGGUUAGAAUGGAUGUUGAAGUGAUUGACAUGGAAGAGGGUAACAUGGGGCUUAGUGCCAUCGCAGAUGAUGAAGAUGCUGAAGCCAAUGAUGGCGGAGAAGCAAAUACAACUGGAAAUUCUAUGACUUCGGAUGAGGAUGGGGAUGCCGAGCCACAUGUUGGUAUGGAGUUUGAUUCUGAAGAUGCUGUCAAGAAUUUCUAUAGUGAGUAUGCCAGACGUGUUGGUUUUAGCAUCCGGUUUCGUCAGUAUAGUCGUUCCAGGUCUGAUGGAGCCGUUACAUUUCGGGAGUAUUUAUGUGCCAAAGAUGGCUUAAGAAGAAGGGCUGGUGAUAGCUGUGGUGCAAUGCUCAGAAUAGAGUUAAACGGCAAAGAUAAGUGGAUUGUGACAAAAUUUGUGAAGGAGCAUAGUCACGAUAUCGUGAGUCCUAGUAAGGUGCAUCACCUUAGACCACGCAGGCAUUUUACUGGCGCUGCCAAGAAUAUGGCUGAAGCUUAUGAAGAAGGGGUGGGUGUUGUUCCAAGUGGUGUUAUGUAUGUUUCCACGGAUGGAAACCGCGUCUCUUCUACGGAGGCAAAUCGUGGAGCUAGGAGUGCUCCUCCUGUAGAAUCAAAUCGCGCAGUUAAGAACUCCGGGAGUGUGGGUCAUUCAGCUAGACCUUCUAGUCGAAAGAGGACAUUAGGAAAGGAUGCUCAGAAUCUGUUGGAUUAUUUCAAGAAAAUGCAGGCCGAGAAUCCUGGUUUUUACUAUGCAAUACAACUUGAUGAAGAUAACCGCAUGGCAAAUGUUUUUUGGUCAGAUGCAAGGUCGAGAUCUGCUUAUAGACAUUUUGGUGAUACUUUUACGUUGGACACAAUGUACAGAGUGAACCAGUAUAAAGUACCAUUUGUUCCAUUUACGGGGGUGAACCAUCAUGGUCAAACAGUUUUGUUUGGUUGUGCGUUACUUCUAGAUGAAUCUGAGGCUACAUUUGUAUGGCUGUUCAGGACAUUUCUUGCUGCGAUGAAUGAUCAGGCACCUGUCUCCCUAGUCACAGAUCAGGACAAAGCCAUACAGGCAGCAGUGGCGCUGGUGUUUCCUGAAGCCCGGCAUUGUUUUAACAAGUGGGAUAUGUUGAGAGAAGGGCCGGAAAAGUUGGCUCACGCAUGUUAUUCACAUCCCAAUUUUCAGGUUGAUCUGUAUAAUUGCAUCAAUUCGACUGACACGAUUGAGGAAUUUGAAUCUUCUUGGGAUUCUAUCCUUGAUAAGUAUGAUCUCAGGAGAAAUGAUUGGCUUCAGUCUUUAUAUAAUGCGCGGGCAAAAUGGGUUCCUGCGUAUUUUCGGGAUUCGUUUUUUGCUGCAAUUUCUCCAAACCAAGGAUUUCAAAGUUCCUUCUUUGAGGGCUAUGUAAACCAACAGACAACUUUACCGAUGUUCUUUAGGCAAUAUGAAAGAGCUUUAGAGAGUUCAUUUGAAAAGGCAAUAGAAGCAGAUUUUGACACAAUGUGCACCACUCCAGUGUUGAGGACACCGUCACCUAUGGAGAAACAGGCAGCAAAUCUCUACACAAGGAAAAUAUUUGCAAAAUUCCAAGAUGAGUUAGUUGAGACCUUUGUGUAUACUGCAAAUAGGAUUGAUGAUGACGGGGCUAUUAGCACAUUUAGGGUUGCAAAAUUUGAGGAUGACAGCAAAGCCUACAUAGUUACAUUGAAUGGGCCAGACAUGAGAGCUAGUUGUAGCUGCCAGAUGUUUGAGUAUUCAGGCAUCCUUUGUAGGCACAUUUUGACUGUUUUUACUGUGACAAAUGUACUUACUCUGCCAUCGCAUUAUAUCAUGAAGCGUUGGACAAGAAAUGCCAAAAAUGGUUUUGGCUCUGAUAAUCAUUUUGAACACCAAGGUCAGGAGUCGUUGGCAUUCCGGUACAACCAUCUAUGCAAAGAAGCAAUCAAAUAUGCAGAGGAAGCAGCAAUAGCUCCAGAGACCUUUAACGUGGCAAUGGUUGCUCUCAGGGAAGGAGGAAAGAAAGUGGCUGCUGCGAAGAAGAAUGUUGCGAAAGUUGCGCCUCCUAGCUCAAAAGGUAGUGGGAUAGGUUAUGAUGACAGGAGGAACUCUACUUCGGCUCCAGAUAUGGUCCCUUUAUUAUGGCCUCGGCAAGAUGAAAUUACACUGCGCUUUAAUCUCAAUGAUGCUAAUGUUCCUGCUCAACAUGUUUCUGAUUUAAAUUUGCCACGCAUGGCCCCCGUGUCUGUUCACAGUGAUGAUGGUCAUCCCGAUAACAUGGUGGUUCUUCCUUGUCUUAAGUCUAUGACGUGGGUGAUGGAGAAUAAGACUUUAGCACCUGCAAAUAGAGUAGCCGUUAUCAACCUGAAGUUGCAAGAUUAUAGCAGGACAUCUUCAGGGGAAUCAGAAAUUAAGUUUCAGCUAUCAAGAGUCACGCUAGAGCCCAUGUUGAGAUCUAUGGCAUACAUCAGUGAACAGCUGUCCACUCCAGCUAAUAAGGUUGCUGUCAUAAAUCUGAAGCUCCAAGAUACUGAGACAACUUCAGGAGAAUCAGAGGUUAAAUUUCAGGUGUCGAGGGAUACUUUAGGUGCCAUGUUGAGAUCAAUGGCUUACAUACGAGAACAACUCUCUAAUGCGGCUGAGACCCAUUCUGAGAGUCCAUCAAAAAAGCAACGGAAGUAGAGACAAUUGUCUUUCCUGUUCUAUGACCUGGUGUCAAGCUGGUGGAUGGUAUUUGGCUGAUGUCUGCCAUUUGGCAUUGCUCUUAUUGACUUGGGUACGCCCUGAGUUGUAUCUAUCAUUUAGGUUUUCUUGCAUCUCUUGCCCUUCCAUGGAAGCCUCAUUCUUGCAUAUCUGUACAUCUAACUCAUCAAAGCCAAGAAUGCAAACAUCAAAGUGUUGUUUGGGGCUAUACGGUGCCUAGGGAAGAGGAGGCUAUUGUGUAUGCUAUUUUUCGUGCUUUUUUUCGUCGUAGGGGAAUGGUACAUCUCUUGGUUUAUUCUGCUUACUUUCUAACCUCUCAGUGUGUUUUGCUUAUGAUCUUUCAUUUUUGUUGCGAGCAUUGGUGCUCAGCAGUGCAGUCCGAACAAAAAGAGGAAGGCAGGACAUGUUGGCCUAAGUAAGAGUGAAAUAAAUCUGAUGUUUUACUUGUCCUUAGAGACAGGAUUAGGUUUCGAUUGGAUGUGUAAUUAUGAAAUUUGCGUACGUGUAUAUACAUUGUUAGCAGAUAGCAUUUCUAUGUU